AAAGAACCACGAGGGGCAUAUAACAAAAACUAAAAGAAUAUAAAAAAACAGAACUUCACAAGAACAGAAAACAAAUGGCAGAAGCACAAGCAGGUCAAAACCACGGGCAGGAACAUCCGGUUAGAACAAACACAAGUCGGAAACAAACGCAAGGAACCAGCACCCGAGUCAAUGGGACUAAGAACUUAAAUAGACUGAAAACCAACAAGACACAGGAGGGCACAAUUAACAGUCAAACCAGAACAGGGUGGGAACAACGAGACACAAUCAGAAACAAUAAUAAAAUAAUUGAAAGCAAUAAUAUAAUUAACGGGAACGAGCAGGACACAAAACAAAAGUCCCGCCAUCUGGUGGCCCAACAAGGAAAAACAGAGACAGAAACACAGAACCAUGACAAUAAGCUAAAAAAUCAUUAAUGAUUAAGCCUUGUCAAUAACCUGCAUGUCAAUAAAUCUAAUUCACUUUUUAUUUAGAUUAUUUAGGCUCAUAAAUCGAUCCCUGUUCUCAUUUAAACUGAUAUUGUUACUUUCUGCUCAAGUUACCCCAAGCUGAGACUCUUUGCUGUAGCCAUUGUCUUCCAAGCAAGUCAUUUACUGUGAAGUGCACGUUUUUUUAAAGCAAGGUUUCAUAUUUUGGGUAAGUUGAGAACUCAGUGAAUCAUAGCAAGCAGAAGUGCUGCUCUGUUGAUUCGCCCCCUUAUAAAACCGUUUCCUGCCACAAAUUUCGUUUUGAUGCCGAUCAGCACUGAGAAGCUGGUGAGACAGUAUCAAAGACAUGUCUUAUUCUGGUAUGUGAUCCAAGAGGAGACAACAUGUGGACAGACAGACAUCAACAAAGCACUGCAAAUCUCAGGUUCUCAGAGAAGACAGCUGUGUGGUCAGCUAUGAAGAACAUGGUGUUGAUUCUGUGGAUUAUGUCUGUUAUUACAGUUCAAAAUACAUUUGCAUUGGACAUGCAGAGAACCAUCCAGGACCUCUCAUCUCAAAACUUGACAUCAGUGCCCAAGGGAUUAUCUCCCUCCAUUGAGGCUCUAGAUCUCUCCCACAACAGAAUACAACGCCUUACCUAUGAUGAUUUCUCAGCAAUGUCAAAUCUGAGAUUCCUUAAUGUGUCUUGGAACAUCGUCAAAGAGAUAAAUCCCGAUACGUUCAGAUCGACAUCAUACCUGGAGUACCUUGACCUCUCGCACAACAAGCUUCAGAACCUGCAGCAACAGGAUUACCUGCUCUUCACGCCCAAACUGCAGUUCCUGGACUUGACGUUCAAUAACUUUUCCACGAUGACUCUUGGAGAGAUGUUCAAUUCCCUAAAAGAGCUGCAGAACAUGGGGCUCAGUGCAGAAGUGGUAAAGAGUAAAGACUUUGGGAGUAUUGCUGACAUUCAUCUCCAGAACAUGUUCCUACAGUUGGAAAACCUCACCACGUAUGAAAGCAACAGCUUGCGAAACAUCUUGUCGAAGAAACUGGGCAUCGUUCUGUCAAACCGUCCAACAGACGAAGCACUGAUCACUGAUGCUCUGUCUGCUUUUGAUAAAGUGGACCUAGUGGGCCUCAACGGUAGCCAAACCUACCUUUCAACAUUUCUGAGACAAAGUAAGAGCAUCAGAACUUCACAUCUUUACCUGACUAACAUUGAGAUGACUUGGCCCGUGGCUGUUGACCUGCUCAAUAUCGUUCGCCAGUCAACCAUCAAACAUCUCAGCAUAUAUAUGAUAACCAUUACAGGGCAAAUCACUCCACAGAAGUUAAACCCAGAGUCUCACCUACAGUCUUUUACCAUCAAAGGGGCCAUCAUUACUAAUUUCAUUAUCUUCCAAGGUAACAUUUAUGAUUUCUUCAUCAAUAUGAGGGUUGAGCGUUUGACCCUUGCAGAGACGUCAUUGAUACAAAUGACCUGUCCGAAUGCGCCAAGCCCAAUAAAAUUCAUGGACUUCUCCGACAAUGCCUUUUCCGACCGCAUUUUUUCCGUUGGUGGGAAAGAAUGUGUUAGUCUACAGAACGUUAACACUUUGAUUUUAAAAGGGAACCGUGUGCAGAACCUAAUGGAGCUGAGCAUGCGGCUACAAUACAUGACCUCACUGCAGCACCUGGACGUCAGCUUCAACUCUCUGUUUUACUCGGAUACACUUGGGAAUUGCCACUGGCCUUCCAGCAUAGUUCACUUGAAUCUGUCCUCCAACAGCCUUGGCAAAUCUGUCUUCAGCUGCCUCCCUCUCAACAUAGAGACUCUGGACCUGCAUAACAAUCAAAUCGAAGCCCUCCCAGACAGACUCUUCCAUCUGGACAUGCUGACAUACCUGGACCUCAGCUCUAAUCAGCUCCUGGACGUCCCUAGCUGCCGUGGUUUCACAAACCUGGCAGUGUUCCUUCUGAGAGACAACUCCCUCCACAACCCGUCCAUGCGCUUCGUGGCCAGCUGCCCGAGGCUGAGGGAGAUGGACGUUCGCGGGAACCCGUUCAUGUGCACCUGUGGCCUGAGGGAGUUUGCGGCCCUGCAGCAGCGCCACCCCAUUAAACUUCUCCACUGGCCGCGGGCCUACAGCUGCAAAUAUCCCGAGGCCUGGAGGGACAAGCUGCUCAGGGACUUCCGCCUGCCCGCCAUAUCCUGCAGCGCUGGAUUUCUGGCGGCCGCCAUCCUCUGCCCGGCCGUUGCCGUCGCCGUGGCCACCCUGGUCCUGUGCAAGAGGCUGGACGUGCCCUGGUACCUCCGAAUGACCUGGCAGUGGACGCGUGCCAAACGUCGGACGAGGCGCCGGGAGGACCUGGAGGGCGUCCACUUCCAUGCCUUCGUGUCGUACAGCCAGCAGGACGCUGACUGGGUGAAUGGCCACCUCCUGCCGGGCCUGGAGGAGGGCGGGGCGCUACGCAUCUGCCACCAUGAGAGGAACUUCGUCCCGGGGAAGACCAUCGUGGAGAACAUCGUCCGCUGCGUGGAGAGGAGCUACCGCUGCGUCUUCGUGCUCUCCUCGCACUUCGUCCGCAGCGGCUGGUGCCACUACGAGCUCUACUUCGCCCAGCACCAGCGACUGUCCCGCGGCUCCGACAGCGUCAUCCUCGUCCUCCGCGAGCCCCUGCCCCAGUACCUCAUCCCCUCCAAGUUCUACCAGCUGAAGGCCAUGAUGGCUCUGCGCACCUACCUGGAGUGGCCGCAGGACCCCAACAAGCAAAGGCUGUUCUGGGCCCACCUGCGGGCUGCCCUUCAGGCCCCCCUGCCCCCUGCGCCUCUCGACCAAGACCAGCAACCUCUGAUAGCGGGGGACCUACAUCAACAACGCACUGCAAAUCUCAGGUUCUCAGAGAAGACAGCUGUGUGGUCAGCUAUGAAGAACAUGGUGUUGAUUCUGUGGAUUAUGUCUGUUAGCACAGUUCAAAAUACAUUUGCAUCGGACAUGCAGAGAACCAUCCAGGACCUCUCAUCUCAAAACUUGACAUCAGUGCCCAAGGGAUUAUCUCCCUCCAUUGAGGCUCUAGAUCUCUCCCACAACAGAAUACAACGCCUUACCUAUGAUGAUUUCUCAACAAUGUCAAAUCUGAGAUUCCUUAACGUGUCUUGGAACAUCGUCAAAGAGAUAAAUCCCGAUACGUUCAGAUCGACAUCAUACCUGGAGUACCUUGACCUUUCACACAACAAGCUUCAGAACCUGCAGCAACAGGAUUACCUGCUCUUCACGCCCAAACUGCAGUUCCUGGACUUGACGUUCAAUAACUUUUCCACGAUGACCCUUGGAGAGAUGUUCAAUUCCCUAAAAGAGUUGCAGAACAUGGGGCUCAGUGCCGAAGUGGUAAAGAGUAAAGACUUUGGGAGUAUUGCUGACAUUCAUCUCCAGAACAUGUUCCUACAGUUGGAAAACCUCACCACGUAUGAAAGCAACAGCUUGCGAAACAUCUUGUCGAAGAAACUGGGCAUCGUUCUGUCAAACCGUCCAACAGACGAAGCACUGAUCACUGAUGCUCUGUCUGCUUUUGAUAAAGUGGACCUAGUGGGCCUCAACGGUAGCCAAACCUACCUUUCAACAUUUCUGAGACAAAGUAAGAGCAUCAGAACUUCACAUCUUUACCUGACUAACAUUGAGAUGAUUUGGCCUGUGGCUGUUGACCUGCUCAAUAUCGUUCGCCAGUCAACCAUUAAACAUCUCAGCAUAUAUAUGAUAACCAUUACAGGGCAAAUCACUCCACAGAAGUUAAACCCAGAGUCUCACCUGCAGUCUUUUAGCAUUAAAGGGGUCACAAUUACUAAUUUCUUUUUUUUCCAAGGUAACAUUUAUGAUUUCUUCAUCAAUAUGAGGGUUGAGCGUUUGACCCUUGCAGAGACGUCAUUGAUACAAAUGACCUGUCCAAAUGCACUAAGCCCUAUAAAAUUCAUGGACUUCUCCGACAAUGCCUUUUCUGACAGUAUUUUUUCCGUUGGUGGGACAGAAUGUGUUAAUCUACAGAACCUUAACACUUUGAUUUUAAAAGGGAACCGUGUGCAGAACCUAAUGGAGCUAAGCAGACGGCUACAGUACAUGACCUCACUGCAGCACCUGGACGUCAGCUUCAACUCUCUGUUUUACUCGGAUACACUUGGGAAUUGCCACUGGCCUUCCAGCAUAGUACACUUGAAUCUGUCCUCCAACAGCCUUGGCAAAUCUGUCUUCAGCUGCCUCCCUCUCAACAUAGAGACUCUGGACCUGCAUAACAAUCAAAUCGAAGCCCUCCCAGACAGACUCUUCCAUCUGGACAUGCUGACAUACCUGGACCUCAGCUCCAAUCAGCUCCUGGACGUCCCUAGCUGCCGUGGUUUCACAAACCUGGCAGUGUUCCUUCUGAGAGACAACUCCCUCCACACCCCGUCCAUGCGCUUCGUGGCCAGCUGCCCGAGGCUGAGGGAGAUGGACGUUAGCGGGAACCCGUUCAUGUGCACCUGUGGCCUGAGGGAGUUUGCGGCCCUGCAGCAGCGCCACCCCAUUAAACUUCUCCACUGGCCGCGGGCCUACAGCUGCAAAUAUCCCGAGGCCUGGAGGGACAAGCUGCUCAGGGACUUCCGCCUGCCCGCCAUAUCCUGCAGCGCUGGAUUUCUGGCAGCCGCCAUCCUCUGCCCAGCCGUUGCCGUCGCCGUGGCCACCCUGGUCCUGUGCAAGAGGCUGGACGUGCCCUGGUACCUCCGAAUGACCUGGCAGUGGACGCGUGCCAAACGUCGGACGAGGCGCCAGGAGGACCUGGAGGGCGUCCACUUCCACGCCUUCGUGUCGUACAGCCAGCAGGACGCCGACUGGGUGAAUGGCCACCUCCUGCCGGGCCUGGAGGAGGGCGGGGCACUGCGCAUCUGCCACCACGAGAGGAACUUCGUCCCGGGGAAGACCAUCGUGGAGAACAUCGUCCGCUGCGUGGAGAGGAGCUACCGCUGCGUCUUCGUGCUCUCCUCGCACUUCGUCCGCAGCAGCUGGUGCCACUACGAGCUCUACUUCGCCCAGCACCAGCGCCUGUCCCGCGGCUCCGACAGCGUCAUCCUCGUCCUCCGCGAGCCCCUGCCCCAGUACCUCAUCCCCUCCAAGUUCUACCAGCUGAAGGCCAUGAUGGCUCGGCGCACCUACCUGGAGUGGCCUCAGGACCUCAACAAGCAAAGGCUGUUCUGGGCCCACCUGCGGGCUGCCCUUCAGGCCCCCCUGCCCCCUGCACCUCUCGACCAAGACCAGCAACCUCUGAUAGCGGGGGACCUGUGAUAGAUUAGCCGCUCUCAAUACAUCUAGAUUUUUCUGCUUCAAGAUGUAACAGACGAUAAUCAUCGCUGCUGUACAGAAAUGUUCACAAACCGACUGAGGUCAGGCUUCCGUUUUCAGUCCACCAACAUCUCAUCUCACCAAAUGAAGUUCAAAGAAGUCAAACAAUCUUUUAUUUCCGAGGAGCUACAAGUGAAAUCGAAGCGGACUUGACCUCGAGGCCUCUUAAACAAUAUGGCUGCCUCAUCACCCAUUCUCUGUCGGUAGACUCUACCUGUUGGAAGCAUUAGUAGACUUUUCUUCCCUGCUCUAAAGUUUCCUAUGUGUUUCCUGAUUCCCAAAUGCGUGGAGCCACCACGUGUCACGCGUCAAUCCUUGAUCAGGACAAGUCGUUAUAUUUUACUGUGGAGGGCAAUGUUUUCAUUGGUAACUCCAUCCAUGACAAGUUAAUGAAGCUUCACUGUGUCAUCUCUAAGGGACAUGCAUUGUCAGAUAAAUGCAGGAACUGGAGCCACUGAUUCGAACCGCUGUUAUCUUGUUCAAAUGUCAGAAAGUGAACAAAAGAAUCAAUGCUGAUACCCGUUACAAUGUUAUAUUGAGUAUGUUUGAUCUGAACGUUUAGCCUUUGUGUUUUAAUUUCACUCCCUCGCCUCAUACACUUCUCUUUGGUUUGUGGCCCUGUGCACUGUUUUUUCCUGUGCAAUUGUGCAACUUUUAUUUUUAACAAAGCUCAAGUCUUGAGAUCCCCAACAGGUUCCUCAUAUCCUUAACCCUGUCUGUUUCCCAUCAUCAGCAUGAGUAGGAGUUUCAAGUUCCUCCACAGCUGAACAUACAGACGCGGGGCUUUUAGAGUAGCUAGUGGCAACAGCAGGGUCAUGCAAGUAGGACAUGAACUGAAACCUCAUUGCCAGACUACGGAAAUGUAAAAGAGUUUUAGGUUGUAAACCAAAGAGCACUGUAAUCCAUAUCCAGAUUAGAGGCCCUCCUGUGGUUACAUUAGUGAAUGGGGUUUUUAACACAACCCCAACCCAACCCGCCCCCCCCACCCCCCCUUUAAAAACAAAAAAUUUCAUUGUGCGUUCAUUAAAGUCUGGACCAAUCACAGGCAUUGACCACAAGAGGGAACCCUUGAACUAGCAGACUGUCUGUGGGCAGUGUGGGUUUAGAGUUUGUUCCUAAGAACUGGCCUCUGGGCCCCGUUUGUGUUCAGGUUAAUGAAGAUAUCUGAGUGUUACGUGAAGUCUCUACGAUAGUCACUAUUGCUCCCGUUAGGGCCAGACACAGGCUACCUAAUCAAAAUGUGUUUUGGGCCCAUAGUUAGAAAGAUGGUUUUGUCUAAAAUGUGUUUGAAGGCAAAUUCAAACAGUGUUAAUUUGUAUAAUAUAACUCACACUGGCUGUAUUUUUAAAAAAAUCAACUAUUCUCAUUCACAAAUAAAAAGUAAUUACUGUG